UAUAAAGUCCCUUUGCUCCAUCGCAUCUGUCUCUGUAAAGCUAACUGCAUCAGCUUUCGAUGGGUCAUCUAAAACUAAUAUUAAUUUUAACCUGGAUAAAUCACAUCUAUACUUUUGGAAAUACUGAGAAUAGGAAUGAUUAUAUUGAAAGUGAUGCUGUUGUGAUAACCGCCUGUGACUUCAAUAACAACGAAUUGCCGUUCUGUGAUUUUCGGCAAGACAAUACAGAUGACAGUGAUUGGAUUCGCCAUAAGGGUCCCACACCCACAUCUGGCACUGGACCCAAUGGGGACUAUCCUGAUGGCGAGGGCUAUUACAUAUACCAAGAAGCGGAUAAUGUCAGUAAUGGACAGAAAACACGCCUGCUCAGUCCUGUGUUGAGCUCCACGCCAGCUCAGAUUUGUGUGCAGUUUCGGUACUACAUGUAUGGCGCACUUGACCACAACACUUUGACAGUGCUGGCCAAGCGACCUGGUGUAGAGGAAAUGCUAUGGCAGAAAAUUGGGAUCCAGAGUCCGUCAUGGCUCGGAGCAGCUAUUACUGUGUCCAAACCAGUCGAGCAGUCUGUUGAAAUUGUAUUUGAAGCAAAGCGUGGGUCAACUUCAUCAUGUGAUACAGCUUUGGACAACAUUAAAAUUACAGAAGGAGCUUGUCCUGGUUGUAUAUCUCAGUGUGACUUCGAUGAAAUGGAUAACCUCUGUGGAUGGACAAAUGAAGUCUCAGUUCCAGACCUGCCUGGUUGGAUUUUUUGGACUGGAGCCACUGAUACACCUGAUACGGGUCCUAAUGAUGAUUUCUCCAAACCAGGCUUGGGAUCAUACCUCUUGAUGGAUUCCUUUGAUAGUGAACCAGGGGCCUCAGCUGAACUGUGGAGUCCAUCUAUACCAGCACCUUCUUCGAACUGCCUGCAGCUGAACUUCCAUUAUUAUAUGUAUGGCACUGCCACAGACAUGGAGCUUAAUGUUCAUGUUGUCAUGAAUGGAGGAACACUGGGGAAUCCUGUUUUCAGUCUGAAAGGAAACCAAGGACAGGAUUGGAAGCCAGCAGAGGUCAAAUACACUGCUACAAGAAAUAUACAGUUUGUGAUUGUUGGUGUCUAUGGAAGUACAGACAAGACAGAUAUUGCAAUAGACAGUGUGUGUAUCACAACUUGUGAUGCUGUAACAUCAACAACCCCAAAACCCUCAACCCCACAGCCAACCACACCUACACCAACAACCCCAAAACCCACAACACCCCAGCCUUCAACACCAAAGCCCCCCACACCUCAGCCCACGACUCCUAAACCCACAACACCCCAGCCUUCAACACCAAAGCCCCCCACACCUCAGCCCACGACUCCAAAACCAACUUCUCCUACACCACCAACAACAACACCAGUGAAGUGUCCUCCUGAUGCUGAGUACAUAGAGUGUGGUCCAGCUUGCAUUCCCAGCUGUAAAGAACCCUCCACCAACUGCACUGGCUCCUGUAUCAGUGGCUGCUUCUGCAAACCAGGUUUUGUGUUCCGGGGAAAACGCUGUGUUCCCAUUGAGAAGUGUGGAUGUCUGGAUGAAGAUAAUAACUACUAUGAGCCAGGAGAGAUUGUCUUUGGGAAUGGCUGCUCCAAGCUGUGUCGCUGUGCAGGCAAUUAUACCUUGAGCUGUGUGGACAACACCUGUGACCCCACAGAAGAAUGUCGGCAAGUGGGAGGAAUCCAUGGCUGCUAUCCUAAAGACACCUCGACUUGUAUCGCCUCAGGUGACCCACACUAUACCACCUUUGAUAAGCGGAAAUAUGACUUCAUGGGCAACUGCACUUACUUAAUGUCUGAGCCAUGUAACAGCACGGACGUGCCUCACUUCGCUGUCUAUGUUGACAAUGAGAAUCGCUACAACAUUCCCACGAUCAGUUAUGUGAGUGCUGUCCAUGUCCAUGUUCUGGGAGUGAAGGUGUCCAUCCUGAAAGGAGGAGCUGUGCAGGUGAAUGGAACCAAAGUGAACGUACCACUGAGCCCUGUUCCUGGAGUGGACAUCUUUAAAAAGGGGACACUCUACACAGUGUCCAUGAACUUUGGUGUGACAGUUCGCUAUGAUGGAAACCACUUUAUGGACAUCAAAGUUAUCAAAGACUAUCAGGACAAGCUUUGUGGCCUGUGUGGAGACUAUAAUGGCAACAUUAAGGAUGACUUCCGUAGCCCCUCCGGUGAACUGGUCAACAGUCCAACUGAGUUUGGCAACAGCUGGAACACAAACCCUGACUGUAAUAAACCCUCACCUGACCCAAUCCCAGACUGCACAGACACAGAACAGGACCUUUAUGAGAGUCCGGCUUACUGUGGAAUCAUAUUGGACAGCAAAGGCCCAUUUGCUGUCUGUCACGCAAAAGUCAAUCCUAAUAGUUUCUUCCAAAACUGUGUGUUUGACCUGUGUGCGUUGGGUGGCCCUCACUCUGCAUUGUGUGAAGCGAUUGAAGCCUACGUAAACGAGUGUCAGGACCGUGGUGUCAGCAUCGGACCCUGGAGAAACAGUACCUUCUGCCCUAUUACAUGCCCACCCAACAGCCACUACAACUCCUGCGUGUCUCCUUGCCAGCCCUCCUGUAUCCCUCCUCCAACCAGCCAGUGCACUGGCCCCUGUUCUGAGGGGUGUGUGUGUGACCCUGGAUAUGUACUCAGUGGUGACAAGUGUGUGAAUGCAGACUCAUGCGGCUGCACGCAUAAUGGACAAUAUUACCAGCCUGGAGACAAGUUCUACACUAAGGACUGUGAGCAGCUCUGCAAAUGUGAUCCUCCAUUCGUCACCUGCAGUGCUGCUGAAUGCCCUCCCAAGCAGCAGUGUGGUGUGCAGGGAGGAGAAAUAGGAUGCUACCCAGUUGAUUCACAGGACUGUAUUAUUUCUGGUGACCCCCAUUACAACACCUUUGAUGGUAAAUUCUACACCUUCAUGGGUACCUGCACCUACACACUGGCCCGCACCUGCAAAAACAACACUGGCCCCUGGUUCUCUGUGGAGGGAAAAAAUGAAGAGAGAGGAAUCGCGGGUGUAUCUUAUCUCAGGAAGUUGUAUGUUACUGUCAACGGCAUCACUGUAACGAUGUCGAAGAGCAGAAAGACUCUGGUGAACGGUCGUAAAGUAGCUCUACCGCACUCUCCCUCUCCUCUGAUCUCUUUAACUUCGGCUGGGCAGUAUGUUAUCCUCACCACUCCUUUUGGUCUGGAGGUGCGCUGGGAUGGCAACCACUACGCUAAGAUCACUGUUCCCAGUACUUACUAUGAUCAGAUGUGUGGUUUGUGUGGAGACUACAAUGGAAACCCCAACAACGAUUUUACCAAACCAGACGGUUCCCUGGCUGGCAGCUCAGAUCAGUUCGGCAACAGCUGGCAAACUGAUAAAGAUGAAGAUGAAACGUGCAAGCCUGAUAUCACACCUGACCCACCGUGUGACCCAAGUCUUGAGGCUGAAGUGUCUAAACCAGAGAAAUGUGGACAAAUCACUAGCACUACAGGACCAUUCAGGGAUUGUAUAAAGGUGGUGGACCCUUUGCCAUUCUUCCAGAGCUGUGUGUUUGAUAUGUGCCGCUAUGACGGACUGCUGGAGACUCUGUGUGACCAGCUCCAGGCUUAUACUGAUGCCUGUCUCAGUGCAGGAGCUCCAGUGCACCAGUGGAGGGAGCCAGACUUCUGCCCUCUGGUUUGUCCCCCUAACAGCCACUACUCCAUGUGUGUGAGUUCAUGUCCAGAGACAUGUGUGGGUGUGAAUGGCCCACCUGGUUGUGGACAGAAGUGUGUUGAAGGCUGCAAGUGUGACCCUGGAUUUGUCCUGAGCCACAACAAGUGUGUACCUCUCAAAGACUGUGGCUGUGUGGACCUUGAUGGCUCCUACCACCCUGUGAAUGAGAGCUGGUACCUGGAAGGCUGUGAACAUCAGUGUAUGUGUCUAAGUGGAAGAACCAUUCUGUGCUACAACACCAGUUGUUUACCUACAGAGACCUGCCAACUGCUGGAUGGAGAGUACAUCUGUAAACCAAAUGUUACUCAGUCUACAACUCCAGAACCCGCAACACCCCAGCCAUCAACACCAAAGCCCCCCACACCUCAGCCCACGACUCCUAAACCUACAACACCCCAGCCUUCAACACCAAAGCCCCCCACACCUCAGCCGACGACUCCAAAACCUACAACACCCCAGCCUUCAACACCAAAGCCCCCCACACCUCAGCCCACGACUCCUAAACCCACAACACCCCAGCCAUCAACACCAAAGCCCCCCACAUCUCAGCCCACGACUCCAAAACCAACUUCUCCUACACCACCAACAACAACACCAGUGAAGUGUCCUCCUGAUGCUGAGUACAUAGAGUGUGGUCCAGCUUGCAUUCCCAGCUGUAAAGAACCCUCCACCAACUGCACUGGCUCCUGUAUCAGUGGCUGCUUCUGCAAACCAGGUUUUGUGUUCCGGGGAAAACGCUGUGUUCCCAUUGAGAAGUGUGGAUGUCUGGAUGAAGAUAAUAACUACUAUGAGCCAGGAGAGAUUGUCUUUGGGAAUGGCUGCUCCAAGCUGUGUCGCUGUGCAGGCAAUUAUACCUUGAGCUGUGUGGACAACACCUGUGACCCCACAGAAGAAUGUCGGCAAGUGGGAGGAAUCCAUGGCUGCUAUCCUAAAGACACCUCGACUUGUAUCGCCUCAGGUGACCCACACUAUACCACCUUUGAUAAGCGGAAAUAUGACUUCAUGGGCAACUGCACUUACUUAAUGUCUGAGCCAUGUAACAGCACGGACGUGCCUCACUUCGCUGUCUAUGUUGACAAUGAGAAUCGCUACAACAUUCCCACGAUCAGUUAUGUGAGUGCUGUCCAUGUCCAUGUUCUGGGAGUGAAGGUGUCCAUCCUGAAAGGAGGAGCUGUGCAGGUGAAUGGAACCAAAGUGAACGUACCACUGAGCCCUGUUCCUGGAGUGGACAUCUUUAAAAAGGGGACACUCUACACAGUGUCCAUGAACUUUGGUGUGACAGUUCGCUAUGAUGGAAACCACUUUAUGGACAUCAAAGUUAUCAAAGACUAUCAGGACAAGCUUUGUGGCCUGUGUGGAGACUAUAAUGGCAACAUUAAGGAUGACUUCCGUACCCCCUCCGGUGAACUGGUCAACAGUCCAACUGAGUUUGGCAACAGCUGGAACACAAACCCUGACUGUAAUAAACCCUCACCCGACCCAAUCCCAGACUGCACAGACACAGAACAGGACCUUUAUGAGAGUCCGGCUUACUGUGGAAUCAUAUUGGACAGCAAAGGCCCAUUUGCUGUCUGUCACGCAAAAGUCAAUCCUAAUAGUUUCUUCCAAAACUGUGUGUUUGACCUGUGUGCGUUGGGUGGCCCUCACUCUGCAUUGUGUGAAGCGAUUGAAGCCUACGUAAACGAGUGUCAGGACCGUGGUGUCAGCAUCGGACCCUGGAGAAACAGUACCUUCUGCCCUAUUACAUGCCCACCCAACAGCCACUACAACUCCUGCGUGUCUCCUUGCCAGCCCUCCUGUAUCCCUCCUCCAACCAGCCAGUGCACUGGCCCCUGUUCUGAGGGGUGUGUGUGUGACCCUGGAUAUGUACUCAGUGGUGACAAGUGUGUGAAUGCAGACGCAUGCGGCUGCACGCAUAAUGGACAAUAUUACCAGCCUGGAGACAAGUUCUACACUAAGGACUGUGAGCAGCUCUGCAAAUGUGAUCCUCCAUUCGUCACCUGCAGUGCUGCUGAAUGCCCUCCCAAGCAGCAGUGUGGUGUGCAGGGAGGAGAAAUAGGAUGCUACCCAGUUGAUUCACAGGACUGUAUUAUUUCUGGUGACCCCCAUUACAACACCUUUGAUGGUAAAUUCUACACCUUCAUGGGUACCUGCACCUACACACUGGCCCGCACCUGCAAAAACAACACUGGCCCCUGGUUCUCUGUGGAGGGAAAAAAUGAAGAGAGAGGAAUCGCGGGUGUAUCUUAUCUCAGGAAGUUGUAUGUUACUGUCAACGGCAUCACUGUAACGAUGUCGAAGAGCAGAAAGACUCUGGUGAACGGUCAUAAAGUAGCUCUACCGCACUCUCCCUCUCCUCUGAUCUCUUUAACUUCGGCUGGGCAGUAUGUUAUCCUCACCACUCCUUUUGGUCUGGAGGUGCGCUGGGAUGGCAACCACUACGCUAAGAUCACUGUUCCCAGUACUUACUAUGAUCAGAUGUGUGGUUUGUGUGGAGACUACAAUGGAAACCCCAACAACGAUUUUACCAAACCAGACGGUUCCCUGGCUGGCAGCUCAGAUCAGUUCGGCAACAGCUGGCAAACUGAUAAAGAUGAAGAUGAAACGUGCAAGCCUGAUAUCACACCUGACCCACCGUGUGACCCAAGUCUUGAGGCUGAAGUGUCUAAACCAGAGAAAUGUGGAAAAAUCACUAGCACUACAGGACCAUUCAGGGAUUGUAUAAAGGUGGUGGACCCUUUGCCGUUCUUCCAGAGCUGUGUGUUUGAUAUGUGCCGCUAUGACGGACUGCUGCAGACUCUGUGUGACCAGCUCCAGGCUUAUACUGAUGCCUGUGUCAGUGCAGGAGCUCCAGUGCACCAGUGGAGGGAGCCAGACUUCUGCCCUCUGGUUUGUCCCCCUAACAGCCACUACUCUAUGUGUGUGAGUUCAUGUCCAGAGACAUGUGUGGGUGUGAAUGGCCCACCUGGUUGUGGACAGAAGUGUGUUGAAGGCUGCAAGUGUGACCCUGGCUUUGUCCUGAGCCACAACAAGUGUGUACCUCUCAAAGACUGUGGCUGUGUGGACCUUGAUGGCUCCUACCACCCUGUGAAUGAGAGCUGGUACCUGGAAGGCUGUGAACAUCAGUGUAUGUGUCUAAGUGGAAGAACCAUUCUGUGCUACAACACCAGUUGUUUACCUACAGAGACCUGCCAACUGCUGGAUGGAGAGUACAUCUGUAAACCAAAUGUUACUCAGUCUACAACUCCAGAACCCGCAACAACCCAGCCUUCAACACCAAAGCCCCCCACACCUCACCCGACGACUCCAAAACCAACUUCUCCUACACCACCAACAACAACACCAGUGAAGUGUCCUCCUGAUGCUGAGUACAUAGAGUGUGGUCCAGCUUGCAUUCCCAGCUGUAAAGAACCCUCCACCAACUGCACUGGCUCCUGUAUCAGUGGCUGCUUCUGCAAACCAGGUUUUGUGUUCCGGGGAAAACGCUGUGUUCCCAUUGAGAAGUGUGGAUGUCUGGAUGAAGAUAAUAACUACUAUGAGCCAGGAGAGAUUGUCUUUGGGAAUGGCUGCUCCAAGCUGUGUCGCUGUGCAGGCAAUUAUACCUUGAGCUGUGUGGACAACACCUGUGACCCCACAGAAGAAUGUCGGCAAGUGGGAGGAAUCCAUGGCUGCUAUCCUAAAGACACCUCGACUUGUAUCGCCUCAGGUGACCCACACUAUACCACCUUUGAUAAGCGGAAAUAUGACUUCAUGGGCAACUGCACUUACUUAAUGUCUGAGCCAUGUAACAGCACGGACGUGCCUCACUUCGCUGUCUAUGUUGACAAUGAGAAUCGCUACAACAUUCCCACGAUCAGUUAUGUGAGUGCUGUCCAUGUCCAUGUUCUGGGAGUGAAGGUGUCCAUCCUGAAAGGAGGAGCUGUGCAGGUGAAUGGAACCAAAGUGAACGUACCACUGAGCCCUGUUCCUGGAGUGGACAUCUUUAAAAAGGGGACACUCUACACAGUGUCCAUGAACUUUGGUGUGACAGUUCGCUAUGAUGGAAACCACUUUAUGGACAUCAAAGUUAUCAAAGACUAUCAGGACAAGCUUUGUGGCCUGUGUGGAGACUAUAAUGGCAACAUUAAGGAUGACUUCCGUACCCCCUCCGGUGAACUGGUCAACAGUCCAACUGAGUUUGGCAACAGCUGGAACACAAACCCUGACUGUAAUAAACCCUCACCCGACCCAAUCCCAGACUGCACAGACACAGAACAGGACCUUUAUGAGAGUCCGGCUUACUGUGGAAUCAUAUUGGACAGCAAAGGCCCAUUUGCUGUCUGUCACGCAAAAGUCAAUCCUAAUAGUUUCUUCCAAAACUGUGUGUUUGACCUGUGUGCGUUGGGUGGCCCUCACUCUGCAUUGUGUGAAGCGAUUGAAGCCUACGUAAACGAGUGUCAGGACCGUGGUGUCAGCAUCGGACCCUGGAGAAACAGUACCUUCUGCCCUAUUACAUGCCCACCCAACAGCCACUACAACUCCUGCGUGUCUCCUUGCCAGCCCUCCUGUAUCCCUCCUCCAACCAGCCAGUGCACUGGCCCCUGUUCUGAGGGGUGUGUGUGUGACCCUGGAUAUGUACUCAGUGGUGACAAGUGUGUGAAUGCAGACGCAUGCGGCUGCACGCAUAAUGGACAAUAUUACCAGCCUGGAGACAAGUUCUACACUAAGGACUGUGAGCAGCUCUGCAAAUGUGAUCCUCCAUUCGUCACCUGCAGUGCUGCUGAAUGCCCUCCCAAGCAGCAGUGUGGUGUGCAGGGAGGAGAAAUAGGAUGCUACCCAGUUGAUUCACAGGACUGUAUUAUUUCUGGUGACCCCCAUUACAACACCUUUGAUGGUAAAUUCUACACCUUCAUGGGUACCUGCACCUACACACUGGCCCGCACCUGCAGAAACAACACUGGCCCCUGGUUCUCUGUGGAGGGAAAAAAUGAAGAGAGAGGAAUCGCGGGUGUAUCUUAUCUCAGGAAGUUGUAUGUUACUGUCAACGGCAUCACUGUAACGAUGUCGAAGAGCAGAAAGACUCUGGUGAACGGUCGUAAAGUAGCUCUACCGCACUCUCCCUCUCCUCUGAUCUCUUUAACUUCGGCUGGGCAGUAUGUUAUCCUCACCACUCCUUUUGGUCUGGAGGUGCGCUGGGAUGGCAACCACUACGCUAAGAUCACUGUUCCCAGUACUUACUAUGAUCAGAUGUGUGGUUUGUGUGGAGACUACAAUGGAAACCCCAACAACGAUUUUACCAAACCAGACGGUUCCCUGGCUGGCAGCUCAGAUCAGUUCGGCAACAGCUGGCAAACUGAUAAAGAUGAAGAUGAAACGUGCAAGCCUGAUAUCACACCUGACCCACCGUGUGACCCAAGUCUUGAGGCUGAAGUGUCUAAACCAGAGAAAUGUGGAAAAAUCACUAGCACUACAGGACCAUUCAGGGAUUGUAUAAAGGUGGUGGACCCUUUGCCGUUCUUCCAGAGCUGUGUGUUUGAUAUGUGCCGCUAUGACGGACUGCUGGAGACUCUGUGUGACCAGCUCCAGGCUUAUACUGAUGCCUGUGUCAGUGCAGGAGCUCCAGUGCACCAGUGGAGGGAGCCAGACUUCUGCCCUCUGGUUUGUCCCCCUAACAGCCACUACUCUAUGUGUGUGAGUUCAUGUCCAGAGACAUGUGUGGGUGUGAAUGGCCCACCUGGUUGUGGACAGAAGUGUGUUGAAGGCUGCAAGUGUGACCCUGGCUUUGUCCUGAGCCACAACAAGUGUGUACCUCUCAAAGACUGUGGCUGUGUGGACCUUGAUGGCUCCUACCACCCUGUGAAUGAGAGCUGGUACCUGGAAGGCUGUGAACAUCAGUGUAUGUGUCUAAGUGGAAGAACCAUUCUGUGCUACAACACCAGUUGUUUACCUACAGAGACCUGCCAACUGCUGGAUGGAGAGUACAUCUGUAAACCAAAUGUUACUCAGUCUACAACUCCAGAACCCGCAACAACCCAGCCUUCAACACCAAAGCCCCCCACACCUCACCCGACGACUCCAAAACCAACUUCUCCUACACCACCAACAACAACACCAGUGAAGUGUCCUCCUGAUGCUGAGUACAUAGAGUGUGGUCCAGCUUGCAUUCCCAGCUGUAAAGAACCCUCCACCAACUGCACUGGCUCCUGUAUCAGUGGCUGCUUCUGCAAACCAGGUUUUGUGUUCCGGGGAAAACGCUGCGUUCCCAUUGAGAAGUGUGGAUGUCUGGAUGAAGAUAAUAACUACUAUGAGCCAGGAGAGAUUGUCUUUGGGAAUGGCUGCUCCAAGCUGUGUCGCUGUGCAGGCAAUUAUACCUUGAGCUGUGUGGACAACACCUGUGACCCCACAGAAGAAUGUCGGCAAGUGGGAGGAAUCCAUGGCUGCUAUCCUAAAGACACCUCGACUUGUAUCGCCUCAGGUGACCCACACUAUACCACCUUUGAUAAGCGGAAAUAUGACUUCAUGGGCAACUGCACUUACUUAAUGUCUGAGCCAUGUAACAGCACGGACGUGCCUCACUUCGCUGUCUAUGUUGACAAUGAGAAUCGCUACAACAUUCCCACGAUCAGUUAUGUGAGUGCUGUCCAUGUCCAUGUUCUGGGAGUGAAGGUGUCCAUCCUGAAAGGAGGAGCUGUGCAGGUGAAUGGAACCAAAGUGAACGUACCACUGAGCCCUGUUCCUGGAGUGGACAUCUUUAAAAAGGGGACACUCUACACAGUGUCCAUGAACUUUGGUGUGACAGUUCGCUAUGAUGGAAACCACUUUAUGGACAUCAAAGUUAUCAAAGACUAUCAGGACAAGCUUUGUGGCCUGUGUGGAGACUAUAAUGGCAACAUUAAGGAUGACUUCCGUAGCCCCUCCGGUGAACUGGUCAACAGUCCAACUGAGUUUGGCAACAGCUGGAACACAAACCCUGACUGUAAUAAACCCUCACCCGACCCAAUCCCAGACUGCACAGACACAGAACAGGACCUUUAUGAGAGUCCGGCUUACUGUGGAAUCAUAUUGGACAGCAAAGGCCCAUUUGCUGUCUGUCACGCAAAAGUCAAUCCUAAUAGUUUCUUCCAAAACUGUGUGUUUGACCUGUGUGCGUUGGGUGGCCCUCACUCUGCAUUGUGUGAAGCGAUUGAAGCCUACGUAAACGAGUGUCAGGACCGUGGUGUCAGCAUCGGACCCUGGAGAAACAGUACCUUCUGCCCUAUUACAUGCCCACCCAACAGCCACUACAACUCCUGCGUGUCUCCUUGCCAGCCCUCCUGUAUCCCUCCUCCAACCAGCCAGUGCACUGGCCCCUGUUCUGAGGGGUGUGUGUGUGACCCUGGAUAUGUACUCAGUGGUGACAAGUGUGUGAAUGCAGACUCAUGCGGCUGCACGCAUAAUGGACAAUAUUACCAGCCUGGAGACAAGUUCUACACUAAGGACUGUGAGCAGCUCUGCAAAUGUGAUCCUCCAUUCGUCACCUGCAGUGCUGCUGAAUGCCCUCCCAAGCAGCAGUGUGGUGUGCAGGGAGGAGAAAUAGGAUGCUACCCAGUUGAUUCACAGGACUGUAUUAUUUCUGGUGACCCCCAUUACAACACCUUUGAUGGUAAAUUCUACACCUUCAUGGGUACCUGCACCUACACACUGGCCCGCACCUGCAGAAACAACACUGGCCCCUGGUUCUCUGUGGAGGGAAAGAAUGAAGAAAGAGGAAUCGCUGGUGUAUCAUACCUCAGGAAGUUGUAUGUGACUGUCAAUGACAUUACUGUGACAAUGAGGAAGAGCAGAACCACUCUGGUGAACGGUCGUAAAGUAGCUCUACCGCACUCUCCCUCUCCUCUGAUCUCUUUAACUUCGGCUGGGCAGUAUGUUAUUCUCACCACUCCUUUUGGCCUGGAAGUGCGCUGGGAUGGCAACCACUACGCUAAGAUCACUGUGCCCAGUACUUACUAUGAUCAGAUGUGUGGUUUGUGUGGAGACUACAAUGGAAACCCCAACAACGAUUUUACCAAACCAGACGGUUCCCUGGCUGGCAGCUCAGAUCAGUUCGGCAACAGCUGGCAAACUGAUAAAGAUGAAGAUGAAACGUGCAAGCCUGGUGUCACACCUGACCCAUCAUGUGAACCAAGUCUUGAGGCUGAAGUGUCUAAACCAGAGAAAUGUGGGAAAAUCACUGACACCAGUGGACCAUUCAGGGAUUGUAUAGAGGUGGUGGACCCAUUGCCGUUCUUCCAGAGCUGUGUGUUUGAUAUGUGCCGCUAUGACGGACUGCUGCAGACUCUGUGUGACCAGCUCCAGGCUUAUACUGAUGCCUGUGUCAGUGCAGGAGCUCCAGUGCACCAGUGGAGGGAGCCAGACUUCUGCCCUCUGGUUUGUCCCCCUAACAGCCACUACUCUAUGUGUGUGAGUUCAUGUCCAGAGACAUGUGUGGGUGUGAAUGGCCCACCUGGUUGUGGACAGAAGUGUGUUGAAGGCUGCAAGUGUGACCCUGGCUUUGUCCUGAGCCACAACAAGUGUGUACCUCUCAAAGACUGUGGCUGUGUGGACCUUGAUGGCUCCUACCACCCUGUGAAUGAGAGCUGGCUCUUGGAAGGCUGUGAACAUCAGUGUGUGUGUCUAAGUGGAAAAAUCAUCCACUGCUCCAAAACCAGUUGUCUACCUACGGAGACCUGCCAACUGCUAGAUGGAGAGUAUAUCUGUAAACCAACAGAGCCUACAAGUCCAGGAAUCUGUUCUGUGUCUGGUGACCCCCACUACACCUCCUUUGAUAAGAAGGUCCAUCAUUUCAUGGGCUCCUGCUCCUAUACCCUCACCAAACCCUGCAAUGAGACAUCAGGGAUGCCAUACUUCACUGUUGACACUCAAAAUGAACAUCGGAGCAAUAACAAGAAAGUGUCCUACGUGAAAUCAGUCAUCAUCAAUGUGUAUGGAAGUAAGAUUAUCCUGGACAAAGGCCGUAAAGUCCAGGUAAAUGGAGUUCAGGUGACUUUGCCCAUCACUCUGACAAAUGGUGUAAAGAUCUUCCUCAGUGGAAAGUUUGUAGUGCUGGAGACAAACUUUGGCCUGCGUGUUCGCUUUGAUGGCAAUCACCACGCCGAUGUCAGUCUUCCCUCCUCUUACAAAGGCUUGUUGUGUGGAAUGUGUGGAAAUUACAACGAUAACCCAACAGACGACAACAUUAUGUCAGAUGGCACGCCUACAAGCAACAGCAAUGAGCUUGGAGAGAGCUGGCAGGUGCCUGAUGAUAGACCAGAUUGUACUCAUGGAGGUGGAGAUAUUGAAUGUAAUAAAGAUAUUGAGAAUGAAGCUAAGAAACCAACCAGUUGUGGAAUGAUCACUGAUCCUGAUGGAAUCUUCAAAGAAUGCCAUAAAGUUGUGCCGCCUAACCCAUACUUUGAGAACUGUGUGUUUGACCAGUGUGGCACAGAUGGAUCUCCCGUGUCCCUCUGCCAGGCUAUUGAGAGCUAUGCUGACCUGUGUGCCCAAGCUGGGGUGCCAAUUAACUGGAGGAACAACACUUUCUGUCCCCUGAAAUGUCCUGUUGGCAGCCACUACGAGUACUGUGCUACUGCAUGCCCCCCCAGCUGUCAGGAUCCUGGCUCAGCCAGCACAUGCACACAGCCAUGUGUAGAAGGAUGUGUUUGCGACGAAGGACUAAUAUUGAGCGGAGACAAAUGUGUGCCCUUCAGUCAGUGUGGAUGUACCGAUAAGAACAGCAACUACAGACCUGUGGGCGAAAGCUGGUUUACUAAGGAUGACUGCUCCGAACGCUGCAUGUGUUAUCCUUUGAACAAUGUGACAUGUGAAGCAUGGAAGUGUAGCCCUGCACAGGAGUGUAAAGUUCACGAAGGCCAGCUGGCCUGUGUGGAUACAGGAGUGGGUAUUUGCCACAUAGCUGGUGAUCCUCAUUACUACACCUUUGAUGGUAUCAUGCACACCUACAUGGGCACAUGUACCUACACAUUGGUGGAAGUGUGCAGCAGUUCCAUGGUGACUCCUUUUACCAUUGUGGCCAAGAAUGAAGAGCGUGGCCAGCCUGAUGCCUCCUACGUUCGGUCUGUCACUGUCUACCUUCCAGGAGCCAAUGUCACACUGAGCAAGAGCAAGAGAGUACUGCUGGAUGGCAAAAAGAUUCGUACCCCCAUGGAUAUUGCUAUAGCCAAGGCCAGGGUGUUCACCAGUGGAGUCAACAGCGUGCUGUCCACAGACUUUGGCCUCAUUGUCCAGUUUGAUGGUGUUCACCAUGUAGAGAUCACUGUACCUGGAGACUACUUCAACAAGGUAUGUGGUAUGUGUGGUAACUACAAUGGUAAUUCCAGUGAUGACAACUUGAUGCCAAAUGGCCAGCCAGCUAAAGAUGUCAUAGAGUUGGGUAACAGCUGGAAGGCAGAGGGAGACAGCGAUCUAGGAUGCCAGCCAGACACACGACCGGAUAUUCACCCAAACUGCACAGCCGAGGAAGAGGAGGCCAUCCGUGGUCUGUGCGCCAGCAUCAUCAAGUCAAACCAGUUCUUACCGUGCCACUCGCUCAUCCCUCCUGAACCCUUCCUGGGCAACUGCAUCUAUGACAUGUGCGAGUAUAAUGGCAUGGAGUCCACACUGUGUAACAGCGUGGAGGCCUAUGCCCAGGCCUGCCAGAGCGCUGGUGUCAGCAUCAGCUGGAGGAACACUACCUUCUGCCCACUUCCGUGCCCUGCAAACAGCCACUACUCAGACUGCACACCACCAUGCCCUCCCACCUGUGCAGACCUUUUCCCUAUUUUCUGCCCCCUGCCAUCAAAUGGCUGUGUGGAGGGCUGCCAGUGUAACGCAGGCUUUGUGCUGAGUGACGGAUCGUGUGUACCACUUUCCAACUGUGGAUGUGUGGACAGCAAAGGAGAAUAUUAUGACGUUGGGGAUUCUUGGGUGACAGAACACUGUGACCAGAAGUGCACAUGCAGUCAGGGAGGAGUACUGAGCUGCAAGGACUUUCAGUGCAGCUCCAGCUCAGUUUGUGCCCUGAACAAUGAUGGCGAGCGCUACUGCAAACCUGAGCGUUUUGACAAGUGCACAAUUUCUGGAGAUCCGCAUUACCGCACCUUUGACAAAUUCAACCACCACUACCAGGGCCCGUAUACAUAUGUGUUAACCAAGGAUAAUGAUCUACCCAGCUUCCUCACACCCCUUACUGUGAGGGGUAAGAAUGCCCGCAGAGGUGGCAACAGCCGUAUCUCCUACCUGCAUGAGGUUUAUGUGGAAGUGUAUGGUGUCAGCAUUCACAUGCUCCAGAAGAAGCGGCUACUGGUUAAUGGUGAGAGUGUGUCCCCUCCAUUGAGACCUAACCAGGGUAUCAAGAUCUCCUUGAACUCCCGCUACCUACAGCUCACAACUGACUUUGGCCUAACCGUGCGCUUUGAUGGCAACAUGCAAGGAGAGGUGAUUUUGCCGAGCACCUACAAGACACUCGUGCGUGGCCUUUGUGGAAACUAUGAUGGACGCUCUAAUAAUGAAUAUGUGAAGCCUGACGGCAGCCUCACCCGCAACCUCAAUGAGUUUGGAGAUAGCUGGAGAGUGAGUGACAAGCAAGAAAGGGAGUUCCACACCUCAGAUCUGCCCCGGCUCAGCCGUUUGCACAAGAGAGAGGUGGAAGGAGAUUUGGACUCAGGCUUUGAGACAAUCGGAUGCACUGAAGCUCAGCUGGAGGAGCUGAAAGGGAAGAAUCAGUGUGGAGCAUUGAGUGACCCUUCAGGGCCCUUCGCUCCCUGCCACACCUCUAUUGUACCUGAUCCGUUCCAGGACGAUUGUGUGUUCGACUUGUGUGCAGAGCAGAGCAAUUCCACACUGCGCUGUCAGAGCUAUGCUGCUUAUGCCCUGGCUUGUCAGGAACAGGGAAUUACAUUAGGGGCUUGGAGGAGAGAACUGGAGUGUGCUCUGUCCUGUGGUGCCAACAGUAUCUACACAGCCUGCAUGACUGCAUGUCCAGCAUCAUGCGCAGACUUAGCAGCACCCUCGGAGUGCGAUCAGACUGCAUGCUUAGAGGGAUGUCAGUGUAAUCCUGGAUUUGCAAUGAGUGGCGACGAGUGUGUUCCAUACAAUGAGUGUGGAUGCACCUAUUUGGGCCGCUACUACACUCUGAAUGAGCCAUUUGUGACUGAGGACUGUGUGCAGAGCUGUCAAUGUACAACCACUGGUGCUGUUUGUCAGCCCAAAGGCUGCACAGACAACCAAGUCUGUACCAUCAUCGACACCAUACUUGAUUGCUACACCUUGAGCCCAUGCUCAGACUCAACAUGCUUGAAUGGUGGCACUUGUGUUGAGAACGCGAACAACAGCUACACCUGCAUAUGUCCAGAAGGCUUUAAGGGGAACAACUGUGAGGAAAAAGAAGACCUAGUGAGCCCAUGCUUAAACUCAACAUGCUUGAACGGUGGCACUUGUAUUGAGGACGGCAACAGCUACACCUGUGAAUGUCCAAAAGGCUUUAAGGGGAUCAACUGUGAGGAUAAUGCAGGCCUAGAUCAGACAAGCAUUAUUCUGAUUGGAGUCUUGGUACCACUUGCUGUCAUCAUCAUUAUCGUAACAACUGUGUGCCUCUGCAAGAAAUCAAACAAGUACAGAAAAUACAGUUAUGAUAGCAGUAGCAGUAACAGUCUACCACUGGGAAAUAAAGAUCUUCCCUAUGAAAAUCUGGAUGACCACAGGAAAAGUGUGGACAGCUCGGUGAUAAUGUCUUCCAAGUUAUGAGUCAGCCGUAUGUUCUAAUUGAGACAUGAUUUCAUUUUGUAUUUAUUGAAAUGAGAAUUAACACAUGAACAAGAACUAUUCAAUUCCAGUGGAUAUGUUUGCCAAUUGUGAAUUUGUUUUGUAAUUAUCUUUCAUAAGUUAUUUGUAAACCUUAUUGUAAUUGUUGGUACAAGGUGCAAUAAUCUAUUGACUUAAUGAAACAAUACGUUUUUUAAA